AUGUUGGGGUAUUCUGUAAGAGCCUCAACAAUUCAUAAACAAGUCUAUUUUCUUGAAAACCCUUCACUAUUACCAUCUUUCAAACCCAUCUCAUCAAGCAAUGGAAAUGCAAAUCAACACCCAUUUACUGUAUCUUACCUCUUUAAAACUUGUGGGUUGUUUCUAAAAUCUGCAUUAGAAGCUUCUAAACGUGUCCAUUUGGAAACCCUACAUGAACCUGACUCUGUACUUAGUUUCUUCAAGGACCAUGGUUUCUCAGAGAACCAAACUUUAAAACUUUCCAAAAAAUGCCCUGAACUGCUUUUGUACAAUCCUGGCAAAACCCUUUUGCCCAAACUUGAGUUUUUGUAUUCUAAAGGAGUUUCAACCCCUGAUGUUGCCAAAAUCAUAUCCUUCUACCCUUGGAUUUUGAGAUGCAGCUUAGAAAACCAGUUAGUCCCUACUUUUGAUUUUUUGAAGAACUGGUUCCCGAAUGACACCAUUUUUCGAUUAUUCAAAAGUACUCCACUGGUUCUUCAACUUAAUCCUGUAACUGUGAAAUAUAUUCUCAAAAUUUUGGGAGAUAAUGGAGUGCCUGACAAGAAUAUUGUUAUGUUAGCUCGUAGCCACCCUAAAACAAUGCUGUUGAGCCCAAAGAAAUUUAACAAGGUGUUGGGGGAGGUGAGGAAAAUGGGAUUAGAUCCUUGCAAAACUCAAUUUGUCGUAGCGAUCCUAGCAUUGACAUCCAUGAGCAGAUUCACAUGGGAAAAGAAACUUGAUGUGUAUAGGAGAUGGGGUUUGUCUCAAAAAGAGAUUCUUGCAGCAUUUGGAAAGUCUCCAUGGUUUAUGACCCUAUCUGAAGAGAAGGUUAUGGCAGUGAUGGAUCUUUUUGUCAACAAAUUGGGUUGGGAAUCUUCCUUUAUUGCCAAAAACCCAACUCUUGUAUCAUAUAGCUUGGAAAAGAGGCUCACUCCAAGGGCUAUGGUUUUGCAAUUUCUAGUAGCUCGAGGUUUGAUUGAGAAGAGUUUCAGAAGCACCACAUUCUUCAUUGCAUCUGAAAAUAAGUUCCUGCAGCAGUUCAUUAAUCAGCGUGCUGAAUCUACUCAGAUAUUGAAACUGUACUGGGAGAAACUGAAUCUUUCAAGAUAA